CAUUGCAGCUUCACAAAAUGACAUGGCACUCAUUUCCAAGUUCAUAAUUUGGAGCCAAAGGUACAAACAAGACUUGCCCUAAUGUUUUUUGUAGUCAAUUUUUCUUUAUUUUAACAGUUGUUUAUGGAUAUUUGCAAAGAUGUCAGCGACAAGAGCAGCAGCAGAAGCUACAGAGGUGCAGUCAUUAUAAGACCAGAGUCACUCAGUACUACUCUCCAGAGAGAGAGAGAGAGAGAGAGAUGAAAAGGAAGGAGGUGGCAGCAGUUUUAUCCUGGAGCCGUUUAGUUUUUAUCCCUGCACAGAAGACGAUUCCGCAAGCAAGCGAUGGAUCCUUCUGCCGCAAAAAUACUCUUCAAAACUCAAGCCCCACAACAAGAUCAAGAACAACAACAACCCUCUUUCUCUCUGUCUCUGAAACCUCUCUACGAGAACUAGGUCUUCCUUCUUGGUCUUUUUGAACUUUUUUGUAAUUUUAUUUUCUCUUUGGUCUCCUUCAUUGAUGAUGAAUGCAACAAAUACAAGAAAUAGGUCUCCUUUCACUCCAACUCAGUGGCAAGAGCUUGAGCACCAGGCUCUCAUCUACAAAUACAUGGUCUCAGGUGUUCCUAUCCCACCUGAACUCAUCUAUUCUGUCAAAAGAAGCUUGGAGUCUUCUUUGGCUUCAAGACUCUUUCCUCACCAACCUAGGUGGGGUUGUUUUCAGGUGGGUUUUGGCAGAAAAGCAGACCCAGAGCCAGGGAGGUGCAGAAGAACAGAUGGGAAGAAAUGGAGAUGCUCAAAAGAGGCAUUCCCGGACUCCAAGUACUGUGAAAGACACAUGCACAGAGGCAGAAAUCGUUCAAGAAAGCCUGUGGAACUUGCUUCAACUACCACAUCGACUACUGCUACUACUACUGUAAUAAACCCUUCACCAUCAAUCAACAGAAACCUCUCCACCACUUCACCGUUUGCUUCCUCUUACUCCUUGUCUCCUCUUUCUUCGCCUACGGAACCUGAAUUCCACGUCUAUCAAAAUCCUAGCCACAGCAGCAUCCUUAAUCCCUUCCUUUAUCCUCAUUCUUCAUCUUCUGGACCUCCUGGUUCUGGUUUUUCCCCUCAAAAUAGUACUACCCACAACCUGUUUUUGGACUCUGGCUCUUCUUCUCAUGCUGAAAAUGAUUACAGGUAUUUUCAUGGAAUGAGGGAGGGUGUAGAUGAGAGAGCUUUCUUCCCAGAAGCUUCCGGUAGUGCAAGAAGCUUACAAGAUUCAUAUCAGCAAUUGGCAAUGAGUUCCUAUAAAGGCUAUUCCCAUUUACAGUUUGAUAGCUUAGCUGAUACGUCAAAACAGCAACAGGAAGAUCAGCAGCAGCAUUGCUUCGUUUUGGGUACUGAUUUUAAGUCAUCAGCCACACGGCCAAUCAAGUUAGAGAAAGAAGGCGAAACCCAGAAACCAUUGCACCAUUUUUUUGGUGAGUGGCCACCAAAGAGCGCAGACUCUUGGCUGGAUCUUGCACCCAGUUCAAGACUGCACACAGCAGAUAGUUGAAAUCUCAAUAAUGGAUCUGCAUAUUGAGGCCAAAAGAGUACUACAUGGUGGUGGGUCAAUAUGCGUUGCUUUAGAAGUUGAAAUUGUGGCUAGGGUACCCCCAUUUUUUUUGUGGGAUUAAUAAUAUUGUAGGAACUAGGGAUACAGGAGGGUUCCUGUCUUUUGCCUUCUAGAACAUUAAAUUUAUCUCUUCCCUUGAAGGAAACAUGUUCGUGAUUUGUAGACUCUGCUUAUUUGACAUGCUUUUGGCUCCGUGAUAAUGCAGAAGCUAGUAAGUUGUUUUGUUUUGAUGA